GUACUCCCAGACUAACCGACAACUGUGCCACUACGAAUCGCGAUACCACACCGUCAACAUCGAGAUAAAUAACUUAAUAGUGUCCAAGGGAGAGCAUUCCUGAUAAAUCAAUCGAAUAAUUUUUUACUAUUGUAUUUAAUUAAAAAUCUACCAGGAUAUCUUUAGGAAACAAAAUCAGUGAAAUUAGGUAAUUAGUGACAAGUGAGAAUAAACGGAUGAUUAAAUCCUGGAGACAGUGAUGGGUAUAAAAAAGGGUGGGAAAAAAGGGGAAAUGAUAACGGGAGAUGAGGUGAUGACCUCGACGGAGGUCUCGGGUACGAGUGAGACAUCCUCGAGAAUAGUCUCUGAAGCGAGCACAAGUGCUGAGACUGAGAUUCGCAGUAGUACAACAGAAAUGAGUUCUGGAUCGCGUGAGGUAGUAAUGGAUUCAAAGGGGAAUGUCAUUCGUGUGAUAGAGACCCCGGGGUCGACAAUCAGACAGGGAAGAUCGAGGGUGAAGGAUUCAGAGGAUUUCAUUAGAGGUGAGCAGAGACUAAUCGAAAAGACCAGACCAGAUGUAAUAUGUAGAGAUGAUGGUGACGUAAUGCGGGAUGUGGGCACAUUCGUGACAUCAUCGUCGAUGAUGACCUCUUCGUCCUUCAUGGAGGAGUCAUCGAGUACUACGAUGGGUGAUAAUCCACCGGAAGUUCAUACGAAAUCCACGGAGUCGAGUAAAACCGCGAGGACAUUAUCCGAGGGGGUCAGUAAAAAUGGACAGAUGUGGGUAGACACUCUGAGGAUUGAUGAGUCCGAGGAGUCUCUGAAUGUCGAUGGGAAUGUGAUGUCGACCCGGGGGAAAAAUGUCCAGAGUGAGAGGAGUGAGCCCUCAGGAAAACCUCACGUGACGUUCACUAAAGGUUUACCUUCGACUGAAUUGAAAUCGUGUAAAUCAAGGGAGAUGUCGAAACGAACGAAUGAACCCUCGAGGAUUCAGGGAUCAGGGAGGACUGAUGUUGAGAUAAGGGAUGUAACUGAGGAGCGGAAUAUCGUGGAGUCAUCGUCCUCGUAUACUGUUGAGUACAAGGAUUCCUCGGAGGGUAAACGAAUCGAGAGAGGAUCGACGGUGUCGUCGACGAUUCAGGAGGAGCCGUCGUCACCACGGGGAACGUCAACACCCCUUCGAGGAACACCUGAGAAGCGGCACUUCAAGCCGGGUGAGUCAUCCUGGGACGGGAGCUUCACCCUGGAGAAGUCCCCGGCUCCUCAGACCUUUGACAAGAGACACCGGAGAACAAACGUGGAGAUUCAUGACGUCACUGAUGACUACACCGUCAACGAGGCUGAUGUCUCGACGACUUCGUAUGUGGUCGAGACGUCAGCGAGUGAGAGCAGCUUCUCGGACGUAAGGGACAGCUCAACGGUUCGGCGGGAAGUCAGGAGUCAUGAGUCUGAGAGCGCCAACCAGGAGUCGCAGAGAAUUAUAACGUCGAGUCCGAUUCCUGGGGGGCGACGCCCAGGACCUGGGGAAAUCAACGAGUCGAUUAUUGUUGAGCAGUCUCGAGUCCACGAGAGCUAUUCCGACUCCUCGAAUAUUGACCUAUCGACGACAGCUGUUGAAACAGUGAUUGUUGUUGAUGGAAAGCCUGUAAACAGAUCUGUGGAUUAUAAUGUUCAAUCAGGAUCGACUGAUGCUGUGAUAAAGGAUUCGGGAGAACGAGGAAGGCCCUGCAAGCCCGGGUCCUCGACCUGGGACGGAUCCUUCGUUUAUGAAAAAAUACCUGAAGCCCCUGGAAGGGAGUCUCUUACGAGAGACACUGGCAGACAUGUGACAUCAACUAUUGAGAGAUCAACCGAUAAAGUUGAUGUCUCCAGUACGGAGUUCAUCAGUGUGGAGUCAACGUCUGACGAGAAGGUAUUCGACUCCUCUCACUUCUCUACUACAGUUUUGCAUGACGUGAGAGACAGCAGACGUCCGCAGAGUCCAGAAAAAAUAACGGGGAGACCUUCGAGUCCUGAUAAGAGGUCACCGAGUCCUGGGGACAGAACCUGUCGCCCUACGAAGCCGGGAUCUUCAACCUGGGACGGUUCAUUCACUUAUGAGAAGUCUCAACAGCCGAAAAGGCCUGCGGACAGUCUCAAGGACGUUCAUCAACAUCCGAAGGACGUCUCCAAACGUCCGGUGACAAUGACUGAUCGAAGAACAGAAACAACUGACGUUUCAACUACUAAAUUCAUUAAUGUGGAGUCAACAUCGAUGAUUGACUCGAAGACACUCGGAUCUUCAGAAGUUUCAACAACAGUUUUGCAUGAUGUGAGAAACAGCAGACGUCCUCAGAGUCCUGAGAAAAUAACGGGACCGUCGAGUCCUGAUAAGAGGUCUCCGAGUCCUGGGGAGAGAACCUGUCGUCCUACGAAACCUGGGUCUUCGACCUGGGACGGCUCCUUCACUUAUGAGAAACCUCAACAGCCGAAGAGACCUGUGGACAGUCUCAAGGACGUUCAUCAACAUCCUGACGAUGUCCCCACACGUCCCGUAUCAACCGAAAGGACUGAUUACUCAACUACAAUAUCAAAAUCGAUGAACGUGGAAUCAACGUCGGUUGACGAUUCUCAGAGGUACUCCAGUACAUUGGUGCACGAUGUGAGAGACUCGAGCAGACCCCAGAGCUCUGAGAAGACACCUGGAGGACCUUCCAGCCCGACUGACAAGUCAAUUCGCCCUUCGAAGCCCGGAUCUUCAACCUGGGAUGGGUCAUUUACUUACGAGAGGCCUCAGCAGUCGAAAAAACCUGUGGACAGUCUCAAGGACGUUCUUCAACAUCCUAAGGAUAUCUCUCAACAUCCAGAUCAAUGCCCUGUUCCAACUGCUGAUCGAAGAACAGACAAAAUUGAUGUUUCGACAACUAAAUUCAUCAACGUAGAAUCAACUUCAACGGUUGAUUCAAAAACAUUCGAUUCGGAAAAUGUUUUAACUACAGUUUUGCACGAUGUGAAAGACAACAGACGUCCUCACAGCCCUGAGAAAACAACUAGGAGACCGUCGAGUCCUGAUAAAAGGUCCCCAAGUCCUGGAGACAGAUCUUCUCGUCCAACGAAGCCGGGGUCUUCAACCUGGGACGGUUCAUUCACUUAUGAGAAGCCUCAGCAGCCAAAAAAGCCUGUGGACAGUGUCAAGGACGUUCUUCAACAUCCUAAGGAUGUCUCUAAACGUCCAGAUCAACGUUCUGUUCCAAUUACUGAUCGAAGGACUGAUAAAAUUGAUGUUUCAACUACUAAGUUUAUCAAUGUAGAAUCAACUUCAACGGUUGAUUCAAAAACAUUCGAUUCAUCAAAUGUUUCAACUACAGUUUUGCACGAUGUGAGAGACAUCAGACGUCCUCACAGCCCUGAGAAAAUAACUGGGGGUCCUUCGAGUCCUGAUAAGAGGUCUCCGAGUCCUGGUGACAGAGCCUCUCGCCCUACAAAGCCCGGAUCUUCAACCUGGGACGGUUCAUUUACUUAUGAAAAGCCGAAGAAACCUGUGGAUAGUCUCAAGGACGUUCUUCAACAUCCUAAAGAUAUCUCUAAACGUCCAGACCAACGUCCUGUUCCAAUUACUGAUCGAAGAACAGACAAAACUGAUGUUUCAACUACCAAAUUCAUCAACGUUGAAUCAACUUCAACGGUUGAUUCAAAAACAUUCGCUUCAUCAAAUGUUUCAACUACAGUUUUGCACGAUCUGAGAGAUACCAGACGUCCUCACAGCCCUGAGAAAAUAACUGGGGGUCCUUCGAGUCCUGAUAAGAGGUCUCCGAGUCCUGAUAAGAGGUCUCCGAGUCCUGAAGACAGAGCCUCUCGCCCUACAAAGCCCGGAUCUUCAACCUGGGACGGUUCAUUUACUUAUGAAAAACCGAAGAAACCUAUGGAUAGUCUCAAGGACGUUCUUCAACAUCCUAAAGAUAUCUCUAAACGUCCAGAUCAACGUCCUGUUCCAAUUACUGAUCGAAGAACAGACAAAACUGAUGUUUCAACUACCAAAUUCAUCAACGUUGAAUCAACUUCAACGAUUGAUUCAAAGACAUUCGAUUCAUCAAAUGUUUCAACCACAGUUUUGCAUGACGUAAGAGACACCAGACGUCCUCACAGUCCUGAAAAAAUAACUGGGGGUCCUUCGAGUCCUGAUAAGAGGUCCCCAAGUCCUGGAGACAGAUCUUCUCGUCCAACAAAGCCUGGAUCUUCAACCUGGGACGGUUCAUUUACUUAUGAAAAACCUAAAGAGUCCAAAUCACCUAGAGAAGCCCCAAAGCCUGACGAUCGUCCAGUAUCCAUAAAAGACCUGAAGACGAGGCAGCCUGAUGUCGCCACAACGACCUCUAAAUUCAUCAACAUCGAGGCGACUUCAACAAUCGACUCCAGAACAAUCGAUUCAUCAGUUGUUUCUGUUCCUCCCGAGAAAAAACCUGCGGGAAAAACUCCUCAGGGGCCGAGGGUCAAGCCUCAGAGCCCGGAAAAGCGAACUGUCAGGCCGAUGAGUCCUGAAAAAAGUCCUCCGAAUUCAACCGAUCGCUCCAUACGCCCCACAAAACCUGGCUCAUCAACCUGGGACGGUUCAUUCACUUAUGAGAAACCUAAAGAGCCUAGGAAACCCGCUGGCAAAACUAAACCUGCAGAGAAAAAACCAUCGGACAGAGAUAAGCCCAGGAAACCCGAUAGGGAGCAACAACCGGUACCUUCUGACUCCACAGUCAGGAGUUUUGUUUCUAAAAAUGAUGUCGACACGACAUUUGUUACUGAAGUUGUUCAGCAGUCGUACGUCAUUGAGAAAUCAUCCAGUAAAACUGAUGUCAUCAACGAGAAUUACAUCAAGGAUGUGAGAGAUGUCAUCGAGACGUCAACGAAAGACGUUACCAAUAAGGAACAGGUGACUAGUAUGGUAUCGCAAAAUGUUAUCGACAACACUCACUUCGAGCAAAUCGAUGAUUCUCCCAAGAAAGUCACACCCGAUCGACCCGGUUACCCCCGGGGCAUUCCGGGUCUCCGUGAAGAGGACAAACCGAAAUCAUUGCCUGCAGCAGGAAAACCCAGUCGUUCUCGUCAGCCCGAAGAGACACGAAGGUCUCCAGACGGCAGACCAAAAUCACCAGAGAAACCGGGGGAUCACGUGACACCUGGAAAAUCAAAAAAACCUGAGGAGAGGGCCAAGUCCCCAGGUAAGCCCCGACCAGCAGCCGGCAAGCCAAGUAGAAGUCCUGACAAGGACAAGGCACCUGAGAAAAAGCCUAAACCACGGGAUCAGUCACCUGAUUCACUCGAUGGUGACACGAAGCCGCAGAAAUCAUCACCAGUUGAUGUUCUCAAGGAAAUUCCACUAAAGGAACAGUGCAUCUGUGAACUUUGCACUUGUGGACGUCACAGAUGUCCUCACAAUGCUCCAGAGGAUCACCUGGACAUCUCCCACGAGCCGAUUUACGGUGUCACGUCGUAUCGUCAAGAGUAUGACGAGAAACAUGUGGAUCGUCAGGUGAAAUUCCACCACGAGGAUCACCUUCAGAUUGAGGGUGAUUUCACUGGAGAAAGAAGAACCGAUUAUGUAGCGACUCGAGGGGAACGAGCACCUGUGAGAAAGCCUCAGGAUAAUUUGAGGCCGGAAGGCGAUUUCGAUAGUGUGACAACAACGGAGCUUGUCUUCACCGGGAAACCUGGUGAUCGUCCAAGCCCAGUACGUCGCAACACCUACACCAAACUCGAGGGCGAUUUUACUGAUGAGACAACGACGCACACUGAGUUUAUAGAUCAUCGGACUGUGGAGCGGGCAGAAAUCAUCCGGCGAGUGGACAAUCUCACUGUGGGAGAGGGUGAAUUCACGGGAACUUCUCACACGAAAGAGGAUUUCCACACUUUUGACGUCGUAGAACUAGAUCGUCCGAUCCAACGUCGUCCAUCAGUGGACAAAACCGAUCGAUUCUGGAGUCAGACAGAUGUUGUAAAUACCACGACAAAUCACGAGGAGUACAAGACCUUCGAUGAGACAGAUUACAGGACAACUGUGAUUCUGAGGAGAGAGGAUAAUCUGCGACCUGAGGGACCGUUUGAGGGUCGUCCUAAGGAUGAUUAUACGCCUGGAAGAGUUGAUCGUCCAGAGCCGAUUCGUCCGAUCGACAAUUUGAGACCUGAAGGGCCGUUCGAGGGACGUCCUAAGGAUGAUUACACGCCUGGAAGAGUUGAUCGUCCAGAGCCGAUUCGUCCGAUCGACAAUUUGAGACCUGAAGGGCCGUUCGAGGGACGUCCUAAGGAUGAUUUCACGCCUAAACGGGGGGAGAGACCGGAGGUGAAACGCCCUGAAGACAAUUUGAAGCCCGAGGGAGAUUUCACUGAGAGGGAACGGAAGCCUUUUAAACCGGCUGAGAAGAGAACACCGAUUAAACAUCCAGAUAAUCUUAAGCCUGAAGGGGAUUUCGAGAGGCCUGAGCAUGAGAAAUUCCGACCUGCUGAGAGACCAGUUGUCAAAAAGCCUCAAGAUAAUUUGAAGCCUGAAGGAGAUUUUGAUAGGCCUGUCAAAACCCCAGUGAAACCUGCUGAAAAACGAACACCUAUUAAGCAUCCUGAUAAUCUCAAACCUGAAGGAGAAUUUGAAAGACCAGAGGAAAUACCUUAUGGCCCUGGAGAGAGAGCUCCAAUCGUUCGCCAUCCGGAUAAUCUGUUCCCAGAGGGAGAUUUUCCAGACAAGGAGCAGAAACCCUUUAAACCCGCUGAAAGAAGAUCUCCAAUUAAACAUCCAGAUAAUCUCAAACCUGAGGGUGAUUUUGAGAGGCCUGAGCACGAGAAGUUCCGCCCAGCUGAGAGGCCAGUGGUCAAAAAGCCUCACGAUAAUUUGAAGCCUGAAGGAGAUUUUGAUAGGCCUGUCAAAACCCCAGUAAAACCUGCUGAGAAGCGAACACCUAUUAAGCAUCCUGAUAAUCUCAAACCUGAAGGGGACUUUGAGCGACCAGAGGAAAUUCCUUACGGUCCUGGGGAGCGAGCUCCCAUCGUUCGUCAUCCGGACAAUCUAUUCCCAGAGGGAGAUUUUCCAGACAGAGAGCAGAAACCCUUCAAACCAGCUGAAAGGAGAUCUCCGAUUAAACACCCUGAUAAUCUCAAACCUGAGGGCGAUUUUGAGAGACCUGAAUAUGACAAAUAUCGCCCUGCCGACCGUCCAAUUCCGAAAAAGCCCCAGGACAAUCUGGCACCAGAAGGUGACAUCGAAAUCUGGCGCUCUCGUGAUGAUUUUGUUGAUUAUAAAAUUCGGGAACGAGUGGAAGUCACCAAGUUCCUGGAUAAUCUCAGGAUUGAGGGAGAAUUCACUGACACAAGAACGAGAGAUGACUUUAAGGUUGUCAGAGGUGAACGAGUUGAUAUCGUUCGGCAUCCUGAUAAUCUGAAGCCCGAAGGACCUUUCGAGGGUCGUCCUAAAGACGAUUAUACACCGAAGAGGGUUGAAAGACCUGAAAUAAAAAAACCAGAGGAUAAUCUGAAGCCUGAGGGUGAGUUUGAGCGGCCGGAGAAGAAACCAAUGGGCCCAUCGGAGCGUCGAUCCCCGAUAAAACAUGCAGACAAUCUGAAACCAGAGGGAGACUUUGUGAAACGACCCAAGGAGGAGGCUCCGAAGAGGGGAGAUCGAGCUGAUAUCAAAAAGCCGCAAGAUAAUCUAAAACCUGAAGGAAAUUUUGAGCGACCUGUGCAGACACCUGUCAAACCUGCUGAAAAGAGGACUCCGAUUAAACAUCCAGAUAAUCUUAAGCCUGAAGGAGAUUUUGAGAGGCCUGAGCACGAGAAGUUCCGCCCAGCUGAGAGGCCAGUCGUCAAAAAGCCUCAAGAUAAUUUGAAGCCUGAAGGAGAUUUUGAUAGGCCUGUUAAAACCCCAGUGAAGCCUGCAGAGAGGCGAACACCUAUUAAACAUCCGGAUAAUCUCAAACCUGAAGGAGACUUUGAGAGACCAGAGGAAAUACCUUAUGGCCCUGGAGAGAGAGCUCCAAUCGUUCGCCAUCCAGAUAAUCUAUUCCCUGAGGGAGAUUUUCCAGAUAAAGAGCAGAAACCCUUCAAACCCGCUGAGAGGAGAUCUCCAAUUAAACAUCCAGAUAAUCUCAAAUCUGAGGGCGAUUUUGAGAGGCCUGAACAUGAGAAGUUCCGUCCCGCUGAGAGACCAGUGGUCAAAAAGCCUCAAGACAAUCUGAAGCCCGAAGGAGAUUUCGAUAGACCUGUUAAAACCCCAGUCAAGCCUGCAGAGAGGCGAACACCUAUUAAACAUCCUGAUAAUCUCAAACCUGAAGGGAAUUUCGAGCGACCUGAGGAAACUCCUUAUGGCCCUGGGGAUAGAGCUCCAAUCGUUCGUCAUCCAGAUAAUCUAUUCCCUGAGGGAGAUUUCCCCGAUAGAGAGCAGAAACCAUUCAAACCAGCAGAAAGAAGAUCUCCGAUUAAACAUCCUGAUAAUCUUAAAUCUGAGGGUGAUUUUGAGAGGCCUGAACACGAGAAGUUCCGUCCCGCUGAGAGACCAGUGGUCAAAAAACCUCAAGAUAAUUUGAAACCCGAAGGAGAUUUCGAUAGGCCUGUUAAAACCCCAGUGAAGCCUGCUGAAAAACGAACACCUAUUAAGCAUCCUGAUAAUCUCAAACCUGAAGGGGACUUCGAACGACCAGAAGAAAUACCUUAUGGUCCUGGAGAGAGAGCUCCAAUCGUUCGUCAUCCAGAUAAUCUAUUCCCAGAGGGAGAUUUCCCAGAUAGAGAGCAGAAACCCUUCCAACCCGCUGAGAGGAGAUCUCCGAUUAAACAUCCUGAUAAUCUCAAAUCUGAAGGCGAUUUUGAGAGGCCUGAGCACGAGGGCUAUCGUCCUGCUGAGAGACCCAUCCAGAAGAAACCUAAGGACAACCUCAAACCCGAAGGAGACUUUGAGAGACCUGAGAGGAAGCCUGUUGGUCCUGGAGAGCGUCGAUCUCCCAUUAAACAUGCAGAUAAUCUCAAACCUGAAGGAGAUUUUGAGCGUCCUGAGCACGAGGGCUAUCGCCCUGCAGAGAGACCGAUUCAGAAACGGCCUCAGGACAAUUUGGCGCCUGAAGGCGACAUUGAAAUCUGGCGUUCACGAGAUGAUUACGUUGACUUUGUUGAGCGUGAGCGGGUGGAGGUCACCAAGUAUCAGGACAAUCUGCGAAUGGAGGGUGAAUUCAUCGACAUGAGAACGAGAGAUGAUUAUAAGGUCGUUCGCGGUGAGAGAGUUGACAUAAUUCGUCACCCCGACAAUUUAAAACCAGAAGGUGAUUUUGAGAGGCCUGAGCGUAGACCUGUGGGUCCAGCAGAGCGCAGAACACCCAUUAAACAUCCUGAUCAUCUCAAACCUGAGGGUGAGUUCGUGAAACGACCGAAGGAGGCAGUGCCUAAGAAAGGAGAUCGAGCUGAUGUAAAGAAACCCCAGGACAACCUCAAACCUGAGGGAGACUUUGAGAGGCCUGUAAAAUCACCGGUUAAACCUGCAGAGAAACGUACACCAAUUAGGCAUCCAGAUAAUCUCAAACCNGAGGGUGAUUUUGAGAGGCCAACGAAGUCACCGACGGGACCGGCUGAGAGGAGACAGCCUAUCAGACAUCCAGAUAAUCUCAAACCCGAGGGAGACUUUGAGCGUCCUGAGCACGAGGGCUAUCGUCCCGCCGAGAGACCCAUUCAGAAAAAACCUAAGGAUAAUCUCAAGCCUGAAGGAGACUUUGAUCGUCCCAUCUGCAAGCCAAUCGGCCCCGGAGAGCGCAGAUCCCCGAUAAAACACCCGGAUAAUUUAAAGCCCGAGGGAGACUUCGCGAGGAGACCGAGACCAGAAGCUCCAAAACGUGGAGAUCGUGCGGAUGUUAAGAAACCAAAGGACAAUCUCAAAACUGAAGGGGAUUUCGAGCGUCCCAGUCCUGAUAGAUAUGGUCCUGGGGAACGCAGAACUCCUAUUCGUCAUCCUGAUAAUUUGAAACCUGAAGGGGAUUUCCAGACUCCCCAGAGGCCAGGUUACCAACCAGCAGAGCGUCCCACCCAGAGGAAACCCAAGGAUAAUCUCAAGCCUGAAGGCGAUUUCGAGAAACGAGUGCCAACGAAAGUCGGUCCAGCUGAACGCAGAACUCCAAUUAGACACGAGGAUAAUCUCUAUCCAGAGGGAGACCAUAAUUUCACGACACGCGAAGAUUAUACUCCAAAGCGAGGAGACAGGGCACCUGUCAAAAAGCCCCAGGACAAUCUCAAACCUGAGGGGGAGAUGCAUGUGAGCCCGACAAGCCGCGAGGAUUACGUCAGGGUGACGAAUGGUGAUCGAGUGGAAGUGAAGAGACACGAGGACAAUCUCCAUAUGGAGGGGGAGAUGAAUAUUCAUCGAUCGAGGGACGAUUACAAGAAGGUGAUGAGAGUUGAGAGGACGGACGUGACAAGGCACGAGGAUAAUUUGAGACUGGAGGGAGAGUUCGUGGACAUUCGUCGUAAGGAUGAUUACACGAAAGUCGUGUCCCAGGCAGGACCUGGUGAGAGACGUUCGCCGAUUAAACCUGAUGACAAUCUCAAGCCUGAAGGGGACUUUGUGGCUCAACCCAAAGACGAUUACAUUCCCAGACGUUCGGAGAGGACUGAAGCCAUCAGGAGAGAGGAUAAUUUGAAGAUGACUGGAGAGUUCCAGGGGACCACCUCCCAGAAAUCGACAUACAGAGUCGUCAGGGGUGAGCGGGCUGAGAUCAAGAGGCACGAGGACAAUCUCAGGAUCAGCUCUGGAAGCAUGGAUACCAGAACCACCAGCAAUGAGUCAUUCUCACCUACUAGGAAGGAUGCGAGUCCCGCUGGGCCGGUGAACAAACGCAGACACAUGGAGUCGACAAUUUCCCUCGGGGAUGACACCACCACAAUGACGACUACUAAUCAGAGGAAUUAUAAUACUUAUACGAAGAGAACUGGGAAAGAUGUGGGCACGAAAGUCUCAACUCGUGAUGUUGAGAGCAGAAGGUGUAUUGAGGGUGAUAGCAGGACUCUGGACGAUGGGAGUGUCGUUAUGACGACGAGGAUGACGUCUGCCAGUGGUCAGCGGAUGUCGACAACGUCGCAGUCUCAUGUCAGUCAGUCUCAUGUGACUGAGGGGGAGAGGAGGUCAGUGUCUCCGAGACGAUCUAUUUCAUCGAUUCCAGAGCAGUCUCUCGUCUCUGAUCGUCAUCCAAUCGAUCACUCCAGACAGCAGACAGUCGUCAAUAAUCAGGUGGUUAGGGAGGACUCCAGGCACUCCUCAGAGAGACAUCUCUCUUCUCAGGAGGUGCAGAGACAGAGGAUCGAGAGGUCUCAGAUGUCUUCCAGGAGGGAUUACGUUAAUACACACUCGGAGAGUCAGAAGCACUUGUCUCAGCAGCACACGAAAUCCAGUCAGGCGAAAUAUACAACCAAUGGACAAACGAGCCCUGAGUUCAGGCAGGCAUUGGCUGGGGCUCACUCUACAGAACGUGUAAUCGUUGAGUCCGGGAAAUCGAGCCAUCACAGGAAAAAUAUUAUCUCCUCGUCAUCAACUGAUGUUAACAAUUCUGUACUUCAUAGGAGGGGAGUUGUCUCCUCGACUGAGGCACUUCACACGAGUUCUUCAACUGCUGCUGAUCAGAAGAAGAGCAUUUCUAAUCUCGCUGAGUCUGGACAGUAUAUCAGUAACUCAUCUCAGAGCUCUGAUAGGAAGAGUUUGACUUCUCUACACAGGAGCACCAAAGAUGCCAAUCCCUAUGCGUCAUCCAGUUAUGAACGUCCUCAGAGAAUCGUUAGGAAGGAUAAUUUGACGGUGGGGAGUUAAACUGCGGAAUGCAGUGGGUAAAAUGUGCAAUUUAUCGCAUUUUUGAAUGCUUAAAGUUGAUGAAAGGGUGAUAGGUUGAGCUUUGCCUGAUAGGAUUUUUAUCAAGCAAUUCUGCCAGAGUUUAUAGUAUAUAUCGUUGCUUUUACGAUCUAUUGUUAUCACUAACAAAUUAUAUGAUUAUUAUUUCUGACGAUUUAUUCUUUUUUAUUUGCAGUAAUCAUUUUCUUCAGCUUGUGAUUUUUUUUCUCCAUUGUCGAUACGACAUAUUUAUUUUUCAUUAACCCAAUCGUUUAUUUUUCUUUGAAAUACUUAAGGGCUUUUGUUAAUUCCCAUUUAUACAUCACUUUCUUUUGAAUAAACGUUUUUUCCAUUA